AUGGGAAGGUCGUUCAGGGACUCGCUCAAGCUGCUCGAGGCCGACAUCCAGCACGCCAACUCCAUUGCUUCUGAAUUCCGAAGGGAAUAUGAUGGUGCCUGUCUUCAGAUGAGGAUGUCAUACUGUCCGGCUGCACACCUUUUCCUUUUUCUUGUCCAGUGGACUGACUGCAACCUUGCUGGUGCUCUUGGGCUGUUGAGAAUUCUCAUUUACAAGGUUUAUGCUGAUGGAACGACCACCAUGUCCACUCAUGAAAGGAAAGCGAGCAUUAGGGAAUUCUAUGCUGUAAUUUACCCUUCUUUGGCGCAAUUACAUGAAGGAAUUAAUGAGGUGGAGGACAGGAAACAAAAAGCAAUUUGUAUAGAGAGGUAUAGAAGACGAGAGGAGGAUCACAAAAGGGUGAUCUCAGAGAUUGAUGAUAAUAUAGAGGAAGAGUGUGGCAUAUGUAUGGAAAUAAACAACAAAGUUGUCCUUCCAACUUGUAGCCAUGCUAUGUGCAUUAAAUGCUACCGUGACUGGAGAUCAAGAUCCCAGUCCUGUCCAUUCUGCCGCGACAGUCUCAAGAGGGUCAACUCUGCCGACCUCUGGAUAUACACAGAUAACAGAGACAUAGUCGACAUGGCGACAGUCAGAAGAGAGAACCUGAGGCGUCUCUUCAUGUACAUAGAUAAGUUGCCCACGGUGAUCCCCGAAUCUUGGGGUGCUGCUAGUGCUGUAGACAUUGCCGGUUGUUCAUCAGUGGGGUGCUGCUAG